AUGCCUCCUAGGAUGCUAGUGGCACCACUGCCACUGCAUUUCCUGUUGGCAGCAGUGAGCAGUGAAAACCGAAGCGGAGCAGGCAGUGGCCCGGGCAGAAAUCGCUCCGGCGCGAGUCACUGGAGCCUUCCCAGGGCCCUGGUCCCGGCUCCCGGGACUCGCGCGUCCUCAUCUCAACAGCGGCAGAGGCCACUGCGGUGGCCGGAAGCACUUUGGUCCAGACCACACUCACGGCACAGUGCGGAGGGAGCUGGCGGGAGCCACUCUGCGCCCGGACGCCUCAGCGCCCCCUUGGGCUCGGGCUCGUUCUCUGGGGGAAGGUCGACCGCGAUGGCAGGACGCGCUCCCCUCCGCACCGUUCAGGGCGCGCUGGGCGCCUGGCUGCUGGGCGGCCUCUGGGCCUGGACCCUGAGCGACCUGGGGGCGGUGGGCUCCCCGGGAGCCCCGCGCCCUUGCCAGGCGCCGCAGCAGUGGGAGGGGCGCCAGGUUGUGUACCAGCAAAGCAGCGGGCGCAACAGCCGCGCCCUGCUCUCCUACGACGGGCUCAACCAGCGCGUGCGAGUGCUGGACGAGCGGAAGGCGCUGAUCCCCUGCAAGAGAUUAUUUGAAUAUAUUUUGCUGUAUAAGGAUGGAGUGAUGUUUCAGAUUGAGCAAGCCACUAAGCAGUGCUCGAAGAUGACUCUGACAGAGCCCUGGGAUCCUCUUGACAUUCCUCAGAAUUCCACCUUUGAAGACCAGUACUCCAUCGGGGGACCCCAAGAGCAGAUCACAGUCCAGGAGUGGUCAGACAGAAAGUCAGCUAGAUCCUAUGAAACCUGGAUUGGCAUCUAUACAGUCAAGGAUUGCUACCCUGUCCAGGAAACCUUUACCAAAAACUACAGUGUAAUAUUGUCUACGAGGUUUUUUGACAUCCAGCUGGGCAUUAAAGACCCCUCAGUGUUUACGCCUCCAAGCACAUGCCAGAUGGCCCAACUGGAGAAGAUGAGUGAAGACUGCUCCUGGUGAGCCUGUGCAUAGGGAAGGGGCAGCGUCGGAUGUCAGCCGCCUGCGGCCCCAGCUGGAGAUGGAUAUGAGACUAGUCAAGAUGAGAAUCCUAACUGGAGAGAAAUGUAAUUUUAGGAAGAUGCACACUGAUGUGAGGUUUUUGACAUGUCCGAUUUUGAUUUCUUAAGCUAUGUUUACAGAAGAAAAUUGAAUGGUGAGGGUUUGGCUGAAUGAGCUGACCAGAUGGCUAGGUUAUUCCUAAUGCCUGUUUGGGGCUGGUUUUCUGUGUGUACAGGUAUAUACACGUGAAGGGGUCAGUAAGAACAGUUUGCUUUGGCAGAGAGUAUUUAUUAUUGACAUUGUUCAGAUUUGGUGGUGAUAAUAAAAAGCAGAGUUAUUUCAGUCAAUUUUAUUAUUAAUUCUUAAAUUCCCUGCAGAGAACGCCCCUUUAUUGCUGCACCAGGGUGGGCACUGCUCCCACUGACCCCCACCCCACCCUGCCCCAGCACCCCCUUGGUUGCCAAGAAAAUGAUACCUUAACUCCCUUCCAGACUUAAGAAUUUUAUGGCAUGACCUAAUUGAUAUAAACAUUUGGAAGGAAAUGACAGGCUGAAAUAGGAAGGAGUUAUUCCUCUAAAGAAACAUUUUAAGCAAGAUGGUUUAGAGCAGGCAUCCUCAAACUUUUUACACAGGGGGCCAGUUCACUGUCCCUCAGACCAU